GCCAUUCACCGAGUCCUGCUCGGUGAUUCCCUGCCAGCACCCGGCGAUGUCCAAGGAUUUACGACGGGGGAGAGACCUGUAUGUAAACAAUACAGAUCUCUCCCCUGUCAGCUCCUGCACAUUGCUUUGUAUGGCUCUGCACAGCAGAGCCAGUGUAAAGCACACACAGCCCACAUAGUAAAAUAGCACAAAGUUAACCCUUUGAUCAACCCACAUGCUAACCCCUUCCUGCCCAGUGCCAUUAGUACAGUGUCAGUGCUUUUUAUUAGCACUGAUCACUGUGUUGGUGUCACUGGGGAUGUCAGUGACACCAAGACAGUCCCCCCCCAGUGUCAGAAUGGCCACCACAGUCCUGCUAUAAAUUGCUGA